AUGUCCACCACUGAACGUACCUACAUCAUGAUCAAGCCCGACGGGGUUCAGCGCAACCUUGUUGGAAAGAUUAUCGCCAGGUUUGAGGAGCGUGGCUACAAGCUCAUCGCCCUCAAGAUGACCCAGGCGACUCCUGAGCAUCUCGAGAAGCACUACGCUGAUCUCAAAGGAAAGCCCUUCUUCCCUGGUUUGAUCAAGUACAUGGCCUCCGGCCCUGUUGUUUGCAUGGUCUGGCAAGGACUUGAUGCUGUCAAGACCGGCCGUGUCAUGCUCGGUGCCACCAACCCCCUGGCAUCUCCUAUCGGUUCUAUCCGUGGUGACUUCUGUCUUGCUGUUGGACGCAAUAUCUGUCACGGAUCCGACUCUGUUGAGAGCGCCGAAAAGGAAAUUGCUUUGUGGUUCCCAGAUGGCGUCGUCCAGUGGACCAGCGCUUUGGAAGGUUGGGUUUUCGAGUAG